AUGGCGCACGAUUCCAUUCCCGCCAGUUCAAACGUCCCUGCAACUGCUACAACAAAGCAAUCCACCACGAAUGUGAAUAACAAGUUUUCGCCUUCGACGCACCCUCUCGACCCACUCACUCCCGCCGAGACCAACGCGAUCACUCUCAGCAUUCGCCAAUACAUCACGAAGGAAACUGAAAUUAAAGCGCUCAAGUUUGUCAUAUGCUCGUUACUUCCCCCACCAAAGCGGGAUGUGCUUGCAUACCUCGGCAUCCCGACCACCCCAGGUGGCCAGCCAGAAGUUCCAAAGCCAAUCGUUAGAAGGGCCGAGGUCGAGCUUGUAGACGUGAUCAAUGGUGGUGCCUACAACGUCACCGUUGCCCUGGUCGGUGAGGAAUGGAAGGUCCAGAAGUUCGUUCCUUUGGACAAGAAGUUCCACCCUAUGGUCACUGUUGAUGAACUGGAAGAAUGUGAGACUGUCGUCCAGCAAGACGAGACAAUCCAGGCUCUUGCGAAGGAGGUCGGGAUUGAGCCUCAUCAGAUUUUCUGCGAUGCUUGGGCAAUCGGUUAUGACGAGCGGUUCCCUCAUAGCCAGAGGAUUGGACAGGCCAUUUGCUUUGCACGACUUUCUCCCCACGAGAAUCUAUACGCUCACCCGUUGGAUUUCGUCCCUGUUGUAGACUCGAAUCUGAAGAAGGUGAUUCACAUCGGUGAGCUCUUUCAAUGCUACUACUUCCCUCCAAGCUACAAGAAGACGGAGAAUGGCUAUGAACUUUCAGCUCCGACUACUGCACCUCCAGCUCUUGACGACGACCCUCUUAAGGCUGCAAACCGAGAGCGAAUCCCACCUCCAAUGAGGUCCUUCGACUUCUUGCCAGAUCUGAUGGCCAAGUCUGAAGAGGGUUUCGAGCUUCGCAAGGACCUCAAACCUCUUCACAUUGUUCAGCCUGAAGGGGUGAGCUUCAAGAUGAAUGGCCAUGUUCUCGAAUGGCAAAACUGGAAGAUGCAUAUUGGUAUGGAUUUUAACCAUCGCGAGGGGAUCGCUUUGUCCACGAUCACAUACAAUGACCAUGGCGAAGUCCGACCGAUCUUCUAUCGCCUGUCGUUGGCGGAGAUGGUCGUACCUUACGGGGUCCCGGAGCAUCCUCAUCCUCGCAAGUUUGCCUUUGACACUGGGGAGUAUGGUAUGGGUACCAUGGCCAAAGAACUGUCUUUGGGUUGCGAUUGCCUUGGUCAGAUACACUAUCUGCCCGGAAACUAUGUCACCCAUAACGGCAGUGCUUGUAUCAUCGAGAACGCCAUCUGCAUUCACGAAGAAGACGCCGGUGUUCUCUGGACGCACCACGACUACAGGGCAGGUGGUCGAGGCCAUACCGUUCGACGACGAAGGCUAGUCGUGAGUAUGGUCUGCACCUUGGCCAACUACGAGUACAUCUGGAACUUCCUCUUCUACCAAGAUGGUAGCAUCGAGUUCGAAGUCCGCCUGACCGGGAUCUUGCUAGUCGCCCCGUUGAAGGAUGGCGAGCCUACUCCGUUUGGGACGACAGUUGCACCCAAUGUCAACGGCUUUUACCACCAACAUGCUUUCUCCAUCCGCGUCGACCCUAUGAUAGACGGGCUUAACAACUCUGUUGUGGAAAGCGACGUCCUGCCGCUUGAGGCUCCCACCGGAUCCGACGCCAACUUCGCUGGUAACGGGUUCCACGUCAAGGAUACCAUUCUCGAGCAUGAAGCUGGACGACAAUACGACCUCAGCAAAGAACGCCGAUGGAAGAUUGUGAACCCUUCGAGGAAGCACUAUGCGUCAGGUAAAGAUGUCGGUUAUACGAUCAGUCUGAAGGGUGCAGCUAUGCCCGUGAUGGCCAAACCGGACAGCUGGACGAUUCGACGCGCCCCAUUCUUGAGGAAUACGUUGUGGGUUUGUAGGGACGUGGAGGGGGAAGAUUGCGGAAGUCAGAGGAUGUGGCCCGCGGGUCAAUACGUUCCUCAGUCGCGGGAAGAACCCAAUGAUUCGAUUGGCAAGUGGGUUUUGGGUCAGCAGAAGAUCGUCGAUGAAGAUAUCCUCGUUUAUCUUACCGUUGGGACGACUCACAUUCCUAGACCUGAGGAUUGGCCUGUAAUGCCCGUCGAACAUUUCAGCGUCACUUUCAAACCAAAUUCCUUCUUCAAGGUUAAUCCGAGUAUGGACGUUCCUGGAGCGAAAGAUACGAUGAGCGUCGCAGCCUUCAAGGGAUCUACUGAGAAUGGAGAUGCUUGUUGCCAACCUUCCAAUAAUAGUACUUGUUGUGUCGCCUAA